AUGGACUCUGUUUGGAGUGGUGCCCUUAUGAUGGUGGUAGGUGGGAAUAUUGAGUAUUGUUCCAAUAAUGUUCGUGAUGACGAGGCUGCUUAUACUUCGUCGACGCCUUCAUCCAUUUCACUAUUUGAUCCUGUCAAAACUCGCGGCCGACGCUAUCGAGAUUCUUCUUCCGAUGAUGACGUUUUCGGCUUCGCAGUUACUGUUGAUUUGAUCUACAAUGUUACCUUGGCAGUCGUUAGUACCUUUGCCGACAUUUACUGCUUGCUAAAACUGAACUACUACAGAAAGACCGCAGCAAAUUCGAUUCUCUACGUAUUAAUGUUGGUCUCAUUCCAUAUUGCUGAGUGUUUCGAGGGAGUUACAUCACGCUUCAUUCUCACGGUAAUCGCGUGGCAAAUAUGGCUCGGAUCAACCCCGUGA